CGGAGGAAGAUGGCGGCGGGUUCGGACCCGCUGGAGGACCUGCUCCUGUCAGAGGUGGACGAGAAAGCGGUCAGCGACCUGGUCGGAUCGCUGGAGUCGCAGUUGGCCGGCCGGGCAGCCGGGGCAGUCCUGCAGGGAGAGGGGAGGCUCGGCCCGGUGGGCGGCAGCGUCUCCUCCGACGGACAGCGGCGAGCCGGCAGGAUGGCGCCAUCGCCGCUCGGGGAGAAGGCAGCGGCUCCCGUUCCGGCCUCCGGCUUCGGGCAGGAGGCAGCCGCUGGGCCCGGCCUCAGUCAGCGAGCAGCCUCCGCCAGCGAGCUCCGCCCACCUCCCGCCAACAGCUUCCCCUUCUCGGACACCUCGGCGGCCGGAGCCCGGGCCUCAGGUGCAGCGACCCUGGGGACCGGCCGCCCCCCUCAGUCCUACCGGCCGCCGCCGCCUCCAACUCCUCCUUCCCCCUCCCCCGGCAUCAGCAGCCCUGCACCACCCUUGGGUACCACUAACCCCGGGGGUAGAGUCCCUCCCUCUCCCCUGGGCUUGGUGACAACAACCGAGCCCCCGGUGUUGAACCACUUGCCCACAUCAUGCAAAACUCCCCGACCCCCGCCUCAGGUUGUCAAUGGGGUGGUGACAAACUGCAACUCCCCUGCUAUAAGUACUGCUUUGCAGCUCUCCACUGGAAUCCCCUCUGGUACCUGUAACCAUCUCCCCACCUCUGGAGCUGCCAGUACUUUUGGUUCCAGUGCUCUUAUUGUCCCCACCACCACCACCACCACCACCACCAGCAGCAUCAACUCACCUUGUAACUCAUCUCAGAACGGCUCCCUUAACCCUCAAUUCGUCUCUGUGUCUCAGGCCAGCAUCCUAAUGGAUAGCGCCAGUACCCCUACCAUCACCUUGCAAAGACCGCCAAUGCACACUGUAAUUGCCAGCAAUGUUUUGAGCACUACGCUGUCACAAAAUGGGCAUUCCAAUGUGAAUGUACCUGGACUGCUGCAGGUUGGGGAAAAGGCAGGCAUCCAUCAAGGUGCAACAGUGACACAAUUGGCUAAUCAGAUUGCUGUUGUCAGUAGUCCAAUUUCCAGCCCCACAUCCACCAAUACAAACUCUACGUCACAGACAAAGCUUGUUCUGCACACUCAAUCUCAGCCUGUUACACUCAGUCUAUUGAACAACCCAGCUGCUUCUAUCACUAUGACCAACACUUCAAGCAAUCAGCUAAAAUGCACAGUCACUAACUCUCUGCCUGUAGCCAGCGUCCCAGUCAGCAUCAAUGCUGUGGCAAAGUCUGCAGUCAACAUGAUUGCACAGCCCCAUGUCGGAAUCACAAAGGUCGUCACAUCUACACCUGGUAUCAUCCAUGCAUCUGCCACUCAAUCACAGCCUCCUCGAUCUGGGAUAGGUCCACCCCACCGUAUUGUUGCCCCACAGCUUAUCAUCCGCCCACAACAACAACCGACAGUGCAGCUUGCUUCUGGGUUCACCAUCCCUCCAGGAAUGAUUUUGGUCCGGACAGAGAGUGGGCAGCUUGUCAUGGUUCCUCAGCAAGCGUUGGCCCAGGCUCAUGCACAGGUUCAAGCCCAGACCCAACGGCCAGGAAGCAUCUCUCCCAAGCCUUCUGCUCCGACAAGUGGUGCGACAUUCCGCCUAGCAUCAGCCCAGCCGGCCAUGACCAUCUCUUCAAUCAGGCCAGGACACCCAGUGCAAGCCAAAGUAGUUCAACCUGCAGCUAUGCCAGCUAACGCAGUGUCAGUUGCUGCUUCACAGCCUGCCUACACAGCAGCUCCCACUCUGAUAUCUGGCCGUACCAGCACUUCCCAGACUGUAUACACAACAACCUUAACUGGUGUGGGCAGCCAUCACACCAUCAUGUCUCAAGCCCCAACCCAGACCACCGCUUCACUUCAGCCCCAAUCUGCAACCAAGACACAACUGCAAGUCCAUCCUCAAGUUAUACCCAGUUCCCCGCUGCCAGGAACGCCCGCAGUUACACAGGUUUCCCUGGCACCACAUCCUGCUGCACCCCUGGCGAAAGCUGGACAGGAAAUGCAGGAAAAUGUGAAGAAGUGCAAGAACUUUCUUGCAACCUUGAUUAAACUUGCAUCACACAGUGGACAGUCUGCAGACACUUCCCGGAAUGUGAAGAGCCUUGUUCAAGAUCUGUUGGACUCUAAGAUUGAACCAGAAGAGUUCACAAACAGACUUCAGUCAGAACUUAAAUCAUCCCCACAGCCAUACCUGGUGCCUUUUCUCAAGAAAAGUUUGCCAGCCUUGAGGCAGUCCCUGGCUCAUAAUCAGCAGUGCAUCCUGCAGGUGAAUCAGCAACCUCAGCAGCCGCAGGCAGUGGCCGCAGCACAGACCACAUCUGCACCACAGUUGACAGCGACUGUCAGCACACUCGUGGCCAGACCAUCUGUACGAAUACGGCAGCCCAUCACUGAUAACACAGCCUCAGGAACAAAUGCAGUGACACAGGCACACAUCAACUUAGCCCAGGAAGGACGGAGCACCCAUCUGAUUGUACAGUCCCCAGUACAGACAGUGAAAAGGCAACCUGGUCUAGGAGCUCAAGUGAGAUUGCCAGUGGUUAUUACCCCAUCUAUCAGACCAGUGGGGAAGGCGUCAUUGCUGCAAGGAAGCAAAGGUCUUGGAGGAUCCUUAUCCCAGGUCCCUGCCAAUCAGAAAAACAAGCUGAAUGACCCUGGAGGUGGCUCUUUCAGAGACGAUGAUGACAUUAAUGAUGUAACCUCAAUGGCAGGAGUUAAUCUGAGUGAGGAAAGCGCCAACAUACUGGCAACCAACUCUGAGUUGGUUGGAACGCAAGUUCGCUCGUGUAAAGAUGAAGCCUUUCUGACCAGUGGCCCUCUGCACAAACGCAUCCUAGAAAUAGCUAAAAGAUUUGGAAUCACGGACGUUCCCAUUGACAUAGUAAACACGAUUUCACUCGCAACGCAAGAACGGUUAAAAAUGGUCAUCGGAAAACUGACAUCAAUAGCACAACACAGAAUGGAAACUCACAAGGACCAUGAAUGGUACGAACAAGCAACAGAUGUUCGGACGCAGCUGAAAUUCUUUGAACAUCUGGAGCGGCUUGAAAAACAAAGGAAGGACGACCAGGAAAGAGAAAUUCUAUUAAAAGCAGCAAAGAGUCGCUCCAGGCAAGAAGACCCCGAGCAUGCGAGGCUAAAGCAGAAAGCAAAGGAGAUGCAGCAGCAGGAGCUGGCACAGAUGAGGCAACGCGAUGCAAACCUGACGGCUCUUGCUGCCAUCGGCCCACGCAAGAAACGCAAACUGGACUCCCCGGGACCACAGGCGACUGAGGUGGGAAUGGCAGCUGGCAAGGGCGCAGGUCCCACAUCGGGCACCCAGGCAGGAUCCGGACCAGCCUCGUCUCGCCAGUACACCCGACAGAGGGUAACUCGGGUAAACCUCAGGGACUUCAUCUUCUACAUGGAACAGGAGCGAGACACCAGGCACUCACUAGUACUGUACCGAGCGCUGCUGAAGUAGAGGGUGGGGGACCGAGGACUCAGUCCCUCUGACCUACAUCUGCAGGCCAUCAGCAUUCAGUGACUGCCGCCUUGUGCCUUUUCCUAAAAAAUAAUUUAGUAUCCAAAUUUGUUUACCGUUGCCUCAGACCUCAUCUUCUGAUAACCUUUAGAUACCUCUAGCUGAAUGUUUGCACCCAGUAUUUAAAUUUUCUGCAACUCCCCACCCAGUUUUUGUCCAUUUGUCGGUAGAAGUUAAAAAAAAUGAACUGUGAAUGCUGGUAAAUCCAUAAUGAAAACAGCAAAUACUGUAGCACACACAUGACAGGUCCAUCAGUACCUGCGCCAGGAAUACACUUCUGAGUUUGUGUCAAAGAGGGAAAGGAUCCCUGACCAAAUUGAUAACUGACCUCCUCCUCUCCAGUCGCUCACAGACUGGACCUGUUGUUUAGCAGUUUUACGUUUUAAUUUAGUCGUUUUUUACACCCCACUCCCCAUGUUUUUUGUGGGGAAAGGGGAGGCUGCAAUCAUACAGCUGUCUAUUGUAGUCUUGGGUCUUGUUUCGAUUCUUUAGUUUGUCUUUUCAUAAGGUAUUAUUAUGUUGUAACCAAUUCCAGGAGUUAGUCAGAAUAGCUGCUCCUGUAUUCAAAAGCCUUUAGCAGUAUUGAAAGCUAUAUGUUUAAGGGAAAUAUAUAUAUAUUUUUUCCAUUUUAUAACUUUAUUUAAAGUUUCUUUAUAAAACUAAAAAUAAAUGGUAACACGGCAGGGACCCAUUGAAAUUGCCUGAGAUAUUUUAACUGUGAGGGGAUGUUGCUCAGCAAAGACCUCCUCAUGGGUGGAUUAAAGUGGGCAUUGCCGGUUUCACCAGUGCGUGUUCUGUUUGUACCAACCAGUGUGGGGGAUCAUUUAGUUUUAAAUCAUUUUAAAAGUUUUUCUCUAAAUUUCAUUUGAGGGCAGGUGGGGGAAUUAGUACAAUUGUGGAGUACCCUAGUGAUCCCAGUUGCACUAACUUUGUGAGUUGCCUCUCUCUCGUUCUCUCUGAAAUGUGUUGCUGAAACCUAAUACAAUUGAGUGAAGUGACUGAUUAAAGAGGGUGCCAUACAGCAGUUGUUUUCAAAUUUUUUUGGCUGCAGGACUACUUUUCAGAUUGAUCAGUAAUCAUGAACAUACCAGUCCCCUGCCCGACCCUAACCUAAAUUAUACUAUAUAAUACUCAUAAUAUGAAAGUGCUACAUGUAAAGAUGUUUUAAUAGUAUUGUACCUUUUAGAAUCUGUUGAUUCUAAUUCUAAUAUCAACAGGAGGAAGUUCCGUACAAAUAUUACCUAAAAUAAAGGUUUUAUUCCCAUUUAAAAGAUCUAGAAUUCUCCAAUUUCCAUCUUUGCCCAGAACUGGAGAAUAGCAGAAGGUAGACACACACACGCACACAGACACACACACACACACACACACACACACACACACAGACACACACAGACACACACACACACACACACACACACACAGACACACACAGACACACACACACAACACACUGUCAUUCUUCAUGCCGAUUUCAGCACUCCUUCAUUCUUGCUGCCCUCCGAGGUGAGACAGCCAGCCCACUUGGUGCUCUCUACAUGGUGGCUGCUUUCCACUCCUGGCUCACACCGAGCACAGCUCCACUUGUGCUCAUUUAUUUACUCUUUUCUUGACCGUUCCACCAGCCUAAUACUCAUAGCAAACUGCAGUUCUCAAGAUGAAAAAGCAACUGGGACUUCUCAUGUGCUGACCAUUAUAAAUCACGAAUCAGCCAAGUCCUAUUUGAAACUAACUGUAGUGCGCCAUGUUAUUGUCAGAUUUUCCUCUGCCACUGCUGUAAAAUCUGUUCAGCAAAAGCCCACCCAAAUUAUUGAUUAAAUUGGGGAUCCCCUGGAAAGUUUCAACAGACCCACGGGGAUCCACGGACCCCAGUUUGAGAACCAUUGCCAUACAGAACCAGAAGGUCCCAGGUUUUAAUCCCGGUGUGCACAGAGUUACUAAUUCUCCCUGGAUUGCCAUUCAAGUUGUCAGGGUUAAAUUAACUGUCCCUGCACUAGUGUGGGGCUGGUGAUGAAUACCAAGUGGUCACUGGGCAGAAUGUGUGUGUGGGCCUGGAUAGUUUGGAGUUCUGUUUGACUGAUGCCCCUCCAUGGGUGGAGCGCCAGAGGACACUCUGAAUCUUCUCCCAGCAAGGAGUCUGUGAGACAGAUUUUCCUGUUCCUGCACCAGCUCAUCUGAGCACAUUUGACAGAGGAUCUCUUGGCCCUAAGAUGUCCUCUGGUUGGGAAUGUAAUUGAGGAAAAUCUGCCCUGAAAUCUUCAGGAAGAAAGUUAGUAACACAAAAGGGGGCUGAUUAUUCUCACCUUACCCCAGACUUCUCCACUUCACUAUCUCAGUUCUUCAUGAGUAUUCACUCAGCAGUUUGCCCAAUUUUAGUUCAAAAUUCCCCUUUCCAGUGCUAAUUAAGAAUUUUCCUACCCUCAGUAUUAGUUUACCUUUUUCUCCCCAGUAUGUUUUCUGCCCAGCAUUACUUCAUUUCCUCCCCUGGUAUUAUUUCACCCAUGACCCCUUUCACCAGUAUUAAUUCCCUCCUUUCCCCAGUAUUAAUACCCUUCUUCCUCCUGUACUAAUUUCUCUUUUUGCUAAUAAUAGUACCUUUUAGCAGUAUUAAUUCCCCCUUUCCCCAGCAUUAAUUCAUCAUUUCCCCCAUCCUCAGUAUUAAUUUCCCAUUCCUGGUAUUAAUUCCCCCUUUCCUCAGUAUUAAUAUCUCUUUUGCCAGGCAUUAAUUCUCCCUUUCCCCAGUAUUAAUCCGCCAUACCCCUUUCCCAGAAUUGAUUCAUUUCCCCCUUUCCUAGUAAUAAUUCCCACCUUUCCCCAGUAUUAAUUUCCUCUUUCCCAGCAUUAAUUCCCUUUCUCCAGAAAUAAUUCCCCUCCCUCCCCAGUAUUAAUUCACCAUUCCACCCACCCCACUUAUAGUUCUCCCUUUCCCCAGCAUCAAUUUCCCCUUUUUCUCAGUAUUAGCUCACCUCUUUCCUUGGUAUUAAUUCCCCUUCCCCCCUUUCCCAAGUAUUACCACUUUCACAGCUUGGUGCACAGUGUGGGUGUGAAUGUUCAGAUCAAUGCUUUUGCGUAAAAGAGGUGUUGAAGUUUUGUCAAAUUUGCAGAUGUACACCCGCUACUAUAAACAGCAUGCAGUCAUUGCAUUGCUGUCUGCAGCCACAGAGUGUGUGUGUGUGUGUGUGUGUGUGUGUGUAUACACUCCACUUAAACCAGAGAAUGAGAGAGAGGGCACUGGUCUUCCAAUCAGUGAUGUUACUUUGUGCUUCGCUACCCUGAAUUCUGCUUGGAGCACACAGUAACCUCUUGUCAGGCUGGUUGAAUUUAUCUCAACCACUCCCCACCCCUGGUUGUAUAAGUGCGCUCUGGCACUCUGAUGCAUUACGUUUUUAACAUUGUGAAGUAUUGGGGAGGGUGGAGGGAGGGAAGGGAGAGAAAAAGCACAAAUAAAGCAAUUUGUCAGUCAGUUUAAAAUACUUUUAAUAAUUUUUUUAUGGUUCUUAAAGAACAAGCAGGUAUAUUUGCACUUCAUCUGCAGUCUAGCCAAAAUAUUAUUUAAGGUGUUAACUCAAAUGAGCAAGCACAACAAUCAUGUAGGAAACAGAAAAGCUGGUUUUAGAAAGACAACAAUUUGUACAUAGUGUUUACAGAAAGACUUUUGUGUUAAUUAGAAUUCCGUUAUUUUUGGUAUCGUACCCUGUACAUACAAUUACGCUCUGCAGUCCGUGUGCAAAGACUUACUUGCAAACUUUGUACUUAUUUUGUAAAAAAAUAAA